CGGAGGAUUCAUACACAUUUUACACAUACACCCUUUUCCUAAGUUUCCUGUUGUCUUUUUUAGUAACUUUUAUUGUCUGUAGUUCGUACAAAGAAAGAGAGAGAGAGAGAGAGCUUAUCCAUUACACCAUUAUAAAAAUGCAGAAAAUUCAAGCUUUGGAGAAUAUGUAGAUGGAUCAUUGCAGUGGACAAAGAACAGACAUGGCAUCCAGGAAAAUCUUCCAUGCUAAAAACCCAACAGCUUCCGAUGAUGUCUUCGAGUUUGAUGAGGCUGAUGUUUGGAAUGUUAAUCCCAGCUGUCAUGUUUCACCAUUGGAGACCAAGAAAACUCUGCCAAUCUGGCGGCAACCUAAGAAAGUAGUGAUCCCUAGGAAGACAGUGUCGACAGACGUGGGUGACAGGACCCCAGUAGUGGCAUCGGCAUCCUUGCCGGUGAACAUACCAGACUGGUCGAAGAUUCUUAAAGAGGACUAUACUGAGCACCGGAAAAGAGAGAGCGACGAAGAUGGUGAUACUUUUGACGAUGAAGAAGAUCAUGACAAUAGGCUUCCUCCCCAUGAGUAUUUAGCGAGGACUCGAGGCGCUUCUUUUUCUGUUCAUGAAGGGAUAGGGAGGACUUUGAAAGGGAGGGACUUGCGACAGGUGAGGAAUGCAAUUUGGAAGAAAGUUGGGUUUGAAGAUUAGCAGAGGAGAUUAGAAUUAUUGGGUUGUUUUUUGGACCACAUAGAUCAUAUCAUGCACUCACUGUUUUUCUCUGCAACUCUGUUCAUCUUCUUUCCCGAGUUCUAUGGAUUCUGGGUGUCUGAUCGAGUUUUACUAACAGGAUCGAUCACUCGUGCGUGUAAUCCUAAUUAACUUUGUGAUUGUAGCUAAAUCUCAGUGAUCAUUACGAGUUCAGAUCGCCAUUUUUUUUUCUUGUAUGUUUUCAUUUCGUUUUACUUCUUGAUUUCUAUUUUGGUGGGAAUUGAUCGAUUGUGCAGAGGAGAUGAUGAGGAAGGUGACGUGAUCGAAUUCAAUUCAUAUGGAUUAGUGGUACUGGUAGGUAAGAAAAGUACAGAUUAGCUAGAACAAUCCUUUGAGUAAAAUCCAUGUCCCUCAGGCCUCAAAUCUAAGAGGGCCUUUCAACCUCCUUAAGGAUCGUAAAUAUGUCCUUGGCCAUUGACUUGUAUCUCUUUUGUUCCAAAAACUGUAUGAGAAAUGUUGCUAUGUUUUAAA